GUGUGUCAGGUGACGCUGCGGGGCGUGCGAACAAGCUGCGGGGCGGACGGUGGACGCAGGGACGUGGUUUUAGCUCUGGCCCCACCGACCUGAGCCCCGCUGUCAUUGCCGCCAUGACGGGGCUAGCGCUGCUGUACUCCGGGGUCUUCGUGGCCUUUUGGGCCUGCAUGCUCGUCGUAGGAGUCUGCUAUACCAUUUUUGACUUGGGCUUCCGCUUUGAUGUAGCAUGGUUCCUGACUGAGACUUCCCCGUUCAUGUGGUCGAACCUGGGCAUUGGCCUGGCUAUCUCCCUGUCUGUGGUUGGGGCAGCGUGGGGCAUCUAUAUUACUGGUUCUUCCAUCAUUGGGGGAGGGGUGAAGGCCCCUAGGAUCAAGACCAAGAACCUGGUCAGCAUCAUCUUCUGUGAGGCUGUGGCCAUCUAUGGUAUCAUCAUGGCAAUUGUGAUUAGCAACAUGGCUGAGCCUUUCAGUGCCACUGACCCCCAGGCCAUUGGCCAUCGAAACUACCAUGCAGGCUACUCCAUGUUUGGGGCUGGCCUCACAGUGGGCCUGUCUAACCUCUUCUGUGGAGUCUGCGUGGGCAUCGUGGGCAGCGGAGCCGCUCUGGCCGACGCGCAGAACCCCAGCCUCUUUGUGAAGAUUCUUAUCGUGGAGAUCUUUGGUAGUGCCAUCGGCCUCUUCGGAGUCAUUGUUGCCAUCCUUCAGACCUCCAGAGUGAAGAUGGGUGACUAGAUGAUCUGUGUGAGUGGGGCCGUGCCCCACUUUUAUUUAUUUGUGGCUUUCCUGGGACAGCUGGAGCUGUGCCCCUUAGCCUUUCAGGGGGCUUGGUGUUCAGGCCCUCAGGCCCCCCCUGCACUCACUUCUCGCUGCCUGUUGACUUAGAGGCACUGCCUGGCUGGAUCCUCAGUGUGAGGAGUGGGCUGCUGAUGACUUGUGUGUGCAGCUGUGCACCCAUGUCCCAUCUCCCCCCCAUCUCCCCAGUGUUUGUGAAAUAAACAUGGUAUUUGUCUGGGUCA